AUCUCCUGGUUUGGAGGUGUGGAGCUUGUGGAUCAUAAAGAGACCAGUCUCAGCAUGUGAAGGAACCUAUGGCAGAAAACCAGCACAGCACAGGUUCCCAUACAUGAGUGAGUUUACCAUGGACCAAGUGCUCCCUCGCCUUCUGCUGCUGGGAACCACAGUGAUGAUGGCCCGCGCCUGCCCCAAGUACUGCGUCUGCCAGAACCUGUCCGAAUCACUGGGCACGUUGUGUCCUUCCAAGGGCCUGCUCUUCGUCCCCCCUGACCUGGACCGGCAGACAGUGGAACUGAGGCUUGGCGGAAACUACAUAGUCAAGGUGACACGGCGGGACUUUGCCAACAUGACAGACCUUGUGGACCUGACACUGUCGCGAAACACCAUCAGUUCCAUCGAGCCCUUCUCCUUUGCCGACCUGGAGAACCUGCGUGCUCUGCAUCUGGACAGCAAUCGCCUGGUGGAGAUUGGGCCUGAUGACCUACGGGGUCUGCUCAACCUGCAGCACCUGAUCCUCAACAACAACCAGCUGGCCAGUGUAUCUGAGCGAGCCUUCGAUGAUCUAGUGCCGGUACUCGAGGACCUGGACCUCUCAUACAACAACCUACGGCAGCUACCUUGGGAUUCCGUGCGGCGGAUGCUGAACCUGCACCAGCUCAGCCUGGACCACAACCUUAUAGAGUACAUCCCCGAUGGCACCUUUGCUGACCUGGAGCUGUUGGCAAGGCUGGAUCUCACCUCUAACCGGCUGCAAAAGCUGCCACCAGACCCCAUCUUUGCUCGUGCCCAGGACAGCAUUUUGCUGACUACACCAUACACUCCCCAGCUGUCUCUCAGCUUUGGCGGGAACCCUCUGCACUGCAACUGUGAGGUGCUAUGGCUUCGGCGCCUUGAGCGAGAUGAUGAUCUGGAGACCUGUGCAUCUCCUCAAAAGCUGAAGGGACGCUACUUUUGGUCUGUUGUAGAGGAAGAGUUUGUUUGUGAGCAGCCCCUAAUCACCCAGCAUACCCACAAAUUGCUAGUCCUGGAGGGCCAGACGGCCAGUCUGAAAUGCAUGGCAGCUGGAGACCCCACACCUUCCAUCCACUGGGUGGCCCCCGAUGAGCGCUUGGUCAGUAAUUCUUCCCGUAUGAUGGUGUAUGAAAAUGGUACCCUGGAGAUCCUGAUCACCACUUCAAAGGACUUUGGCACCUUCACUUGCAUCGCAGCCAAUGUGGCCGGAGAGUCCACUGCCUCGGCAGAGCUGUCAAUCAUCCAGCUGCCUCACCUCAGUAAUGGUACCGACCGUGCCUCGCAGCCAAAGUCUCGGCUUUCUGACAUCACCGGUUCCACCAAGGCCAGCAAGAGUGAAGUCAAAUCUCAGCCAGAGAGGGCAGUGACCGUGUCUGAGGUGACUGCAGUCUCUGCCCUGGUCAGCUGGACAGUCAGCAAAGCAGCACCCAAGGUGAAAAUGUACCAGCUACAAUACAACUGCUCUGAUGAUGAAGUCCUGAUAUACAGGAUGAUCCCGGCAUCCAGCAAAGCCUUCCUGUUGACAAACCUGGUGUCAGGGACCCGCUAUGACCUGUGUGUUCUAGCAGCCUGGGAUGACACAGCCACCACCCUCACAGCCACCAAUGUGGUGGGUUGCACACAGUUUUUCACACGUGACGACUACCCACAGUGCCAGUCCUUGCGAGGGCAACUUCUAGGCGGCACCAUGAUCCUCGUGGUGGGCGGAGUCAUUGUGGCCACUCUGCUUGUGUUCAUCGUUAUCUUAAUGGUGCGCUACAAAGCAGGCCCUGGUGAGACACCCAUAGACAAGCUACCUGGUGUCAGCAACACAUACUCGCAGACCAACGGGAGUCGCCCUGUACCUAAUGGGGCACCACCAGUCCAGCCCAAGCCUACAGCAGCACUGCGGAAUGAAGUGGUGACAUUCAAAUGUGGCUCCCUCCAAAGUAGCCUCACCACCUCUUCGUCUUCCUCAUCAUCUUCCUCACUCGGGGGCCGCAAUAGCGACGGUCACGGCCCGCACAGCCACGGUAGUUCACUGCCCAGAAAGUGGAAGCCGGUUCAGACCAAGCCACGCCCCAACUUGGACCACCUUCUCGGGGCUAUUACUUCCUUGGAACUGCGAGGCCAAGGCAAGGACACUGGGCAUUCCCCCACAGCAGUCCCAUCUGUGGCUCCACCCACUGACAAGGAGCCGCUGCUUGGCCAGGCAGUAGACUCCAAGCUAAGCCGGCUGCUCAUGCUGCCGCUGGAGAACAAGCCCAAGAGGAGUCAUUCCUUUGACAUGGGAGACAUGGGAGGUGAACCCAUUACCGCCGCUCCUGCACAACAACGUACCUAUCCCCGUAAGGUCAGGAGCAUCUGGACAAGGAGCCUCUCGGUCAAUGGGAUGUUGCUCCAGUACGAAGAGGAGGGUGACUUGCAAGGAAGCAAAGGAACCCUGGAGGGAUCCGAGUGGGUUUUGGAAAGUACAGUCUGAUAGGGCAAAACAGCUGACACCCUAAAAACCCUGGGGUGACACUGAUUACCCCAGACGCCAAAACACAGGGAGGGUGGCAGAAGCCAAGUUUAAAACAACCCCCAUGAGUAUCAAAUGUCCUCUCCCCCUGUGCCAUAUUAUAUAGGAGAGGAGAGCGCAAAAUGGCAAGCUUUACA